AUGUGGCUUGUCUCUGUCCUUUGUCUAUCCCUUCAAUCCUUCCUUUCCUUUCAGUAUUGCGAUACUUCGCUUUUGCAACUCUUUGUUGAAACCACCGUCAGCUCAGGACCAAUGAAUCUCAUAUACAUUUUGGCGCUGGCCGUCAUUCGGUUAUCACAGGCCGAACCAGCAUGCAACAACUCGCCGAAGCUCUGCUCCAAGUCAUACGACCAAGUCACCCAUUUCGGGGCACACGACUCCCCGUUUCUGCGCGAUGAAACAACCGGCUUCUCGUCCUUUGGCAACCAGUUCUUCAACACGACUAUGCAGCUCAAUGCGGGAGUGCGGCUGCUAAGCGCACAAGUCCACGUCGCCUCGAACCCUAAGACGACUGCCCGCGAGUUGCGCCUGUGCCAUUCCUCCUGCGCAUUGUUUGAUGUUGGACCGGUACAUGAGUGGUUGUGGGAAAUACGAGUCUGGAUGGAUGCAAAUCCUGGAGAAAUCGUCACGCUAGUGCUGGUAAAUCUGGAUUCGGUGGAGGCCGUCGAGCUGGAAGCCGAGUAUUCAAAGGCCGACCUCGCACAUUAUGGAUACGUUCCUCCAGUCAUCGACCAAGCCCCUCCACGAUCCAGCGAGUUCAACAAGACCUGGCCGACCCUGGGAGAUAUGAUCGACAAAGGGGAGCGACUCAUCAGCUUCGUCAACCCAUUAGAACCAGACGCAGCCAACGCACCCUACCUCCUCAACGAGUUCGACUUUGUCUGGGAGAAUCAAUACGCUGUCACGGACCCAGCAGAGUUCUCGUGCACACCCGAUCGACCGUCCAACACCACGACUAUCAGCGAGAUGCGCCAGUCUGGCAAGUUGUUCUUGAUGAACCACAUGCUAUAUUGGCAGCAAGCUUUUGAAAUUCAGACGCCUGAUGCUCGCAAUGUGGCCGAUACAAACUCCUGGGACGGACCCGGUGGCUUUGGCACGCACUUGUUGAACUGCGGCAACGAACUAGGGCGACAGCCAACCUUUGUUCUAGUAGACUUCUUCAACGUUGGGCCAGCCAUCGCAUCGGCAGACAAUGUCAACGGUAUCAAUAGACCACUGGGUAGGAAGAACGUGACUACGGAGGUGAUUGAGGGGGGACAAUUAAGGAAGAUGUUGAAUGGCACGGUCAAAGCAGGAAUAUCCUCAACCCUAGCAUUGGUCCUUGCUCUUGUAGCAUCCGUUGUCGUGGAUAUGAAAUACUAG